AUGCACGUUUCAUCAUAUGAAACCGAAAAAGCCAGUUUAUUAGAAGGAGUUAAAACCGGUCGAGAAAGUUUAAAAACUGCUGAAAAAGCACUCACUGAAGUACUAAGGAGGCCGCAAGUCUCAUUUAUUCCUGUAGGACGCUAUGCUCAUUCUUCUGUCCUUGUUGGAGAUAAACUUUAUUUUUUUGGCGGAAUGAACAAUGAUCUUAAAUGUUUAAAUGAAGUAUUCUAUCUUGAUGUGUCUCGCCCAUUUAAAACAGCGGUCCCGCCAUGGGUUGACCUCACGCAAAAUGCCGAAAUACCAUUCAAAAGCUGCUGGGCAACUGUUUCACUAAAUGCUAAAGAACAAAUUAUUUAUUUAUUUGGCGGAUUUAUGGACAAUUCUACAGAUCAAGAUGCUUUUGUGUCAAGUAUUUAUACAUUUGGUUUUAACACUUUAAGGUGGAAUAUACCUAAUAUCAGAGGAAUCUUACCGGAAAGACGCAGAAAGAUGAAGAGUAUCAUUGAUGUUAAUACCGGAAAAAUAUAUAUUUUUGGUGGACAAGCUAUUGGUGCAACAGUAAUAACGUUAUUUAAUGACAUGGUCAUUUUGAAUACUGUUGAAUCUUCAUGGUUAAAUAAUCCUCCAGUUAAUUCGCCUAGUAUACGAACUGGUUAUACUGCAACAUUAUUAACAAGUGGGAUUAUUGCAUAUAUUGGUGGUAUGGAAAUGGUUGAAGUUAAUACAACAAGAUUAGUUGAUAUUAGACAAAUUUACCUUUAUGAUACAAAUUCUUUAACUUGGUCAGAGAAAGUAGGUAUAAAUAUUAUUUGUUUCACGAUUCCUAAUUAG